AUUCGCAUAUAAUACAAAAGAGAAUCAUUAGCGAUAAUAGUAUUAGUGUAUGAAACUGCUCUUAUUUUCACUACUAAAUUAUCUCUGCUACUAAAUGUCUCCGAAAUGCAAGUAGAGGAUUUUCAUACAUUAAACUUAUCAAAAACAAUAAAGAAUGUGAGAGGCAAGAUACAAUUAGUGAACAACACGGGAAAAGUAAAGUGUCUUUUUAUUGUAAAUUACGCCCAAUAAUGAAUAAUUUGGAUACCUGUGGUCAAGCCUUCCACAAAUUGGAAAAAGAAACAUCCAAUUUGUCAUUAUUGAAAGAUCGUGUGGAAAAAUAUCACGAUUUGUCAACACAAAUGUCAAGUAUAUUGAAGAUAUUCGAACAGCGCCUUGGAAAAUUGGAGCAAACUAUAUUACCGGUGUACAAGGAGACAGAGCAGCUACAAAAGCGUCAACAGAAUUUGGACGCGACUUUAGGUUGCCUUGAAAAUGUGCUCGCACACUAUGAUGUUUCUCAAGAGGUAUGCAACCUUAUACAUCAAGGACCAACAGAAGGACACGUGAAUACCUUUCUUGAAGCAUUGGGGAAGUUACGAGCUGCCAUGGAAUAUUUUUUGCACCAUAACUCUCAAAGUGUAGAGUUAGAAAAUGUCACCAGCCUUUUUAAUACGGGCUGUGAAGGUCUAAAUCAACAUUUCCGAUUAUUACUAAAGAAACAUAGUUUGCCGUUAAAGCCAGUCGAUCUACUAGAUCUUAUUUACAUAGAGGACGACUCUAGUGAUGAGUAUACAUCAUUUCGACAGUUGUCGCAAAACACUAGAGAAGAACUUGGUACUAUUGCACAUUGGUUGGAGCAAAAUUUACGUCGUGAAUACACAAUAAUUUAUGCGACAGAAAGGGGUGAAGUUGUUUUACGUUCACUCCAAAACUUGAAAGAUCAUCAAAAAAGUAGCAGUUGGGGACAUGAAGCAUUGCCUCGACAUAGUGGGCGACCUGAUGUGAAAAAGAAUACAUCGGCACGUUUACAACAAAUUUUCGAGCGGAAAGCUAAUAAGUUGUAUCUGCGUGCAACUCAAACGCUUGAGCAGUCAACAGGAAUAUCAAUAAAAAAGGCAUCAUCGCACUCUGAACACUUGUCCGCCGAAGAGUUCAUUGAUGGGGAUCAAGAACUAGACAAGUAUCUCGUCAUGUUAUUGGGACUGCAGCGCCUUCUGAAUUGGGAACGCGCAUUAAUGACUGAAAUUGUGCCUACCUCCAAACAUGGUGACGUUUUCUCGAAACUGGCUUACAAUUCGAUAGAACUCGUGGUUAAAGAUGCAGAAGCAAUCACAAAUCGCAUUAUGCGUUGUAUUUCACGAAAAGAGUGGACAUCUGCAUUAGGAAUAUUUUCCGCACUUAAAAGAGUGAUUUUACUCCAACCAGAUAUUGAACGCACCUAUGAUCCACAACAACGCGAACAACUAAUGAAGGUUUUGAAUAAACUUCAAGUUACGGGUGCAAAAGCUUUAGAACAUUUCCUUGAGGUUGUUAAGGGUGAAUCCAGCACGAAUAUAGUUGGUAUGAGUUCAAGCACACUUGGCUAUGGUUACGUCAAUGUCCCUAAAGAUGCAACAGUGCAUGAGCUCACAUCGAAUACAAUUUGGUUUAUAGAGCACCUUUACGAGCAUUAUGAUGUUAUAGGCUCCAUUUUACAACAAGAUGUUCUAUACAGCACUCAAUUGGACACGAUUCUUAUGAAAAAAGCUCUGCCAGGUGAAGAGCGUAAUAAAGCAUUGCUAGCCGUUUAUAUUAAAAAAGCCUUGGCGGAAUUGAACCUUUCCAUAAUGAAUAAAUGCGAACAGUACAAUGACCAAGCCACAAAACAUCUCUUUCGUCUUAAUAAUAUUCAUUACAUACUAAAAUCUCUACAGCAAUCAAACUUAAUUGAUAUUGUUACAUUAGCGGAACCCGAAUGUGAGCAAUGCUAUUUAGACAUGAUCCGGGAACUGAAAUUUUCUUACCAAAAGACUUGGUCGAAAAUGCUAAUAAGUAUAGGUGUAGAGGAAUUACCUCGUCCUUCUCAUGGUAAGGUGAAGGAUAAAGACCGCAGCAUAUUAAAGGAGCGAUUUUCGACGUUCAACAAAGAUUUUGAGGAAGCAUGCAAAGUGCAACGCGGUAUUUCAAUUCCAGAUGUGAUUUUAAGAGAGGGCAUAAAGCGCGACAAUGUGGAACAUAUACUUCCAAAAUAUAACAAGUUUUAUGAAAUGUAUGCAUCCGUGCAGUUCAGCAAAAAUCCUGAUAAGUACGUAAAGUACCGUCCUCAUGAGAUUAAUCAGAUGCUAAGCAAACUCUUUGAUGAUUCUGCUUAAAAUAGUUUGAUAUAAAUAUUCCAAUAAUUAAUAUUAAUAAUUAAUUUUUUCUUUCUAAUUUUUUAUUUAAAAAUAUGCAUAUAAAAGUCUAAUAUAAAUAUAAACACAAUUUCUAUUAUAUUUUCAACUAAAUUUAAGAGCUAAAAAAAUCAAAAAUAUUACUCAUAACUGUUUGUGUAACGGAAAUAAAUAAAAUUAAAUACAUACAUAUAAAUGCAAAAACAAAAUUAAAUAGUAAACAACUCAUAUUUUAUUCCGAAGCAAGCCUCCGUGAACGCUUUUUACUCGUUAGUACAGAUAAUUCGAUGAAGGCGCCUCAGGCCGCCCGCAAGCUCCAUAGUGACCUAUUUUUACGGUGUUAUUCGUUCUACAAUUUUCGAUUUCCAGGAAGCAUUCAUUCAAAUAUGUCA